AUGGCAGGCCAAUUCAUUCGCGGUCAGCUGUCAACUCCACCGAUUCCUCAAGUCGAUUUGACAGGACGGACCAUCUUGGUGACGGGGGCAAAUUCUGGACUGGGCCUUGAGGCUGCCAAAUUACUGGCGCAGUUAAAUUGCAGCACCAUUGUCCUUGCAUGCCGGAGCCUGGAGAAAGGGGAAAGAGCCAAGGAGACCAUUCUGCAAUCGGUCUCCAGCAGCUCCCAUGGACGUCCGCCUCCAACAAUUGACGUCUUUCAACUCGACAUGUGCUCCUUUGCAAACGUGGUCGCCUUUUCCGAGCGUUGCAAAGAUCUCACAAGGAUCGACGCGGCAAUUCUGAAUGCAGGCCUUCAACUCGACGAGUUCACGCUUGCAGAAGGAUAUGAGACAACUAUUACUGUGAAUGUUAUCUCGACAUUCCUCCUGGCUACCCUGCUUGUCCCCAUCAUGCGCAAUCAUGCGAAGAACUACGACAUCACGCCCAACAUCACCAUCGUUGGAUCAGCAGUCCAUUUCUGGGCGAAUAGCAAGGAGAUCAUGACUCCUGUCGAGGGACAGAUUCUGAAGACACUGUCGAACCCAAAAAAAGCGGACAUGAAGGGUCGCUAUUUCCUCAGCAAACUCAUUGUCAUGCUGCUGGUAAAGUACCUAGCUUCGAUGUUGACAGCGGCGGCCGAAAAGGAUCCAACUAAUAAAGCCUUGGUGAUUGUCAACAAUGCUGCACCGGGGCUUUGCAAGACCAAUUUUUUUCAGCAUCAACUUGAUACGCCCACCAAAGUUCUGCUCACAAUGAUAGGACGGACGGGCGAGCAUGGGGCGCGAACAUCGGUGUAUGGGGCUACUGCAGGAAGAGAGACUCAUGGGCAGUAUUUGAGCGAGUGUCGGGUCAAAAAAUACAGCGCUUUUGUCAAGAGUUCAGAUGGAGAUCACACCGCAAGGAGGAUCUGGCAAGAAUUGAGCGUCUUGUAUGAAGAGGCCAAACCUGGGUGCACCAAGGCGCUCUGA